CACUGACGAUUGUUUACAGUUAUCGGAACAGAUCUCAAUUGGAAAUACGAAAAAUUAACUAUAUAAAACGAUUUGCUAAGUUGAUUAAACAGAGUUGAUGAUGAACGCUCACGUAGUAUCUGUGGUCGUUGUGGUGGCACUAUUUUCCUCUUCGGGGAUACUUGGCAAGACAUUCCCUAGAAAAGAAGCGUCUCCACUCCAAGACAAUCCUCUGGUGGAAAUUGCUGAUGGGGCCAUUGUAGGCACUAGCAAUGUGACUGAUAAAGGAACGCGCUAUGUAGCCUUUAGAGGCAUUCCCUACGCGGAACCUCCUGUUGGAGAACUGCGGUUUACGGCUCCAGUAAAAAAAGGGAACUGGACCGGCACAUGGGACGCCACUGCUGACGCCUCCAUCUGCAUCCAAGGCUCAGGAGAUACUGUAACGGGCUCGGAGGAUUGUCUUUACAUCAACGUCUAUGCUCCGGAGAAAGCGGAAAACUUGGCAGUCCUGGUCUGGAUCUAUGGAGGAGCCUUCACGGGGGGCGACUCCACUUACGAGUCCUACGCCCCAGACUUUUUCCUGGACGACAACGUCGUUUUCGUCUCCUUCAACUACCGUUUGGGGGCCUUCGGGUUUCUGAGCACGGAGGACAAACUAGCCUCUGGCAAUUGGGCCCUAAAGGACCAGGUGCUGGCUCUGAAAUGGGUCAAGGACAACGUCGCGGCCUUUGGAGGAGACGCCAAUCGCAUAACGAUUUUCGGCGAAAGUGCUGGAGGCGCCUCAGUCUCGUAUUUGGUGCAAAUUCCCCAGGCUGAAGGACUCUUCAAUGCCGCCAUCAUCCAGAGCGGCAACUCCGAGAACCUCUGGGCGCUCAGCACCAGGGCGAGACAGGCGGCCUUUCAAGUGGGAAGCAACUUGGGAAUUGUGGCAUUUCGAUCCAGCACUCUCCUCAAAAGUUUGCGGAAGGCGGAUGCUUAUGAGAUACAAACGGCUGCAAGCAGCGCUUUGACAAAGAUCGCAGCUAGCAAUCCGCUUCGAGGUCUCCCAUUUGCCCCGGUAAUUGAGGUGGAGAGCAAUGGGGCGGUUUUUACGAAAAACAGCGACGACUACCUCAAAAGCGGCCAGUACCCCAGCAAAGUCCCCAUCAUGAUUGGCCACACUAGUAACGAAUCUGGCCACGCCCAUGGACUUCCUGAACUUCUUCGCAACUAUCUGCUUCUCUUCAACGUGGCCGAAAGCUACUUGGCUCCCUACAGCCUGACUACCAGUGCCAUAUACAGAUCUCUAGCAGCAAAGAGAAUCCGGCUGACUUACUUCGGGUUCGCCUCUUUAACCAGGAAGUUCUACGAAGUGGUAAACUUUGUCAACGUCGACCAGUUUACCAGAGGGAUUAGGAGGUUUGCUGAAAACGUCAGUCCCUACGUUCCAGUUUACUUCUACGUAUUCGGCUACAUGGGGCAAAUAGUUGGAGUAAAUCCCUUCGAUGGCGCUGGGCAUGCUGAGGAGUUGUUCUACUUGUUCAAACAACCUGGGGAAUACAGUGAGAAGGACUUGGUGGUCAAGGACAAGCUAGUGAGGCUAUGGACCAACUUUGCCAAAGAAUUCAACCCGACUCCCAGGGAGGAAUCGCUACUGGAUGGCGUGAUUUGGCCGCAGCUGAACUCCACUAGCUCAGACCUGGAAUAUGUGUGGCUCAACUCCACUCUAUCCAAGGCCUUGAACCCGGAUGAAAAAGAGUAUCGAUUCUACGAGGAUAUUUUCAAAAAUUAUGGAGACAGCAGUUUCUCCACAGGCUGCGCCAGAACGAUUCUACAGUGCAAGAUGUUAGGUCACGUAGUGACUGUGGUAAUUGUUGCAGCAGUUUUGCCCAUUUUGGGCACAAUAGGCAAGACAAUACCGGAGGAUGGGGAGCCGUAUUUGCCGCCCCACGAAGUAAUAGCGCAUAUUGCCGAUGGCGACAUUCUUGGAACCAAUGGUGUAACAGACCGCGGUACCGAUUAUGUGGCAUUUAGAGGCAUCCCGUAUGCGCAACCGCCAGUUGGGGAGCUGAGAUUUGCGGCCCCCGUCAGAAAUUCGCCUUGGUCCGGACUCUGGGAUGGCACAAAGGACGCAAGUGUGUGCAUCCAGGGAUCAGGAGAGAACAUUCGAGGCUCAGAAGACUGUCUGUAUGUAAGCGUGUAUGCGCCCAAGCACGCCAAAGACCUGGCUGUCCUUGUGUGGAUCUAUGGAGGAGCCUUCACUGGAGGAGACUCCUCCUACGAGUCCUACGCGCCAGACUUUUUCCUGGACGACAACGUGGUGUAUGUUUCCUUCAACUACCGCUUGGGAAUCUUCGGAUUUAUGAGCACUGAAGACAAUGUGGUGUCCGGGAACUGGGGACUGAAGGAUCAGAUCUUGGCGUUGACUUGGAUCAGGGAGAACAUCGCUAGAUUUGGAGGAGAUCCGCAUCGCGUCACCAUCUUCGGAGAGAGCGCUGGAGGGGCUUCAGUUUCCUACCUGCUGCAAAUCCCCCAAGCUCAAGGCCUGUUCGAUGCCGCCAUCGUUCAGAGCGGCAACUCAGAAAACCUGUGGGCUCUAUCAACUAGAUCACGCCAAGCAGCCUUCCAAGUGGGCUACAAUCUGGGCAUUCCUGCCCUUCUGUCCAGAACUUUAGUGGAGCGUUUGCGCACCACCGAUGCCGAAGUGCUUCAGAGAACCGCCACCAGUGUCUUGAGCCAGGUAUAUAUUCUGAACCCCUUGCGAGGUCUCCCUUGGGCACCCACAAUUGAAUCUGAAGGCCCCGAUGCAGUUUUCACACAUAAAAGUGACGAUCACCUUCAAAAGGGGCUAUUCCCCAGCAAAGUCCCCGUUAUGAUUGGCUACACCAGCAAUGAAGCAGGCCACGCCCACGGCCUACCAGAAAAUCUUCGUAACUACUUGCUGUUCUUCGAUGUGGCCGGAAACAACCUCGCCCCAUACAGCUUGACUUCCAGAGGCACCACUAGGGGCAGGGCAGCUGCUGAAAUCAGGGACCAUUUCUUCGAACCAGAGGGUUUAUCUUCGCAGUUCAACGAAGUAGUGAAGUUCAUCAACGCCGACCAGUUCACCAGAGGCACGAGAAGAAUGGCGGAAAACAUCGCUCCGUUCGUUCCAGUUUACUUCUACGUCUUCGGAUACAUGGGGCAAAUAACUGGGGAAAAUCCCUACGAUGGCGCUGGACAUGCUGAGGAGCUGUUCUACUUGUUCAAACAGCCUGGAGAAUACAGCCGAGAGGACCUGGUGGUCAAGGAUAAACUGGUUAGGCUGUGGACCAACUUUGCCAAGUUUGCCAAUCCUACACCAAAGAAGGAGGCUUUGCUGGACAACGUGAUUUGGCCCACAAUAGACCCAAGCAGCGGCGACCUGCCCUACGUAUGGCUGAACUACACCAUCUCCAAUGACCUCAAUCCUGACCAGGAAGAGUUUACAUUCUACAAGGAUAUUUUUGAACGUUAUGGUGAUGGCAGCUACACAACAUAUUGAAGAAUAAUCUCCCAUUGUUGCUUUCCUUAUAAAGGCUCAAUAAAAUAUUCAAUUUCGGUUUAA